CUUUAUAAAUUCCUUCACUUUCCCUCACUCAUCUCUUCCCUGCAGCGCCCGCCUCCCAAAUACCCUUAACCCACAUAGCCAGCAGCUACAACCGCUACCAUGAAGUAUAACCCAAGGGUCUCCUCCUCCAGACGCAAGAGCCGGAAGGCCCACUUCUCGGCGCCCUCCUCCUUGCGCAGGAUCCUAAUGAGCGCUCCUCUCUCCACCGACCUCCGCCAGAAGUACAACGUCCGAUCCAUGCCUGUCCGUAAGGACGAUGAAGUCCAGGUUGUUCGUGGGACCUACAAAGGACGCGAGGGCAAGGUGGUUCAGGUUUAUCGUCGAAAGUGGGUCAUCCACAUCGAGAGGAUUACACGUGAGAAGGUGAAUGGGUCAACAGUUAAUGUCGGUAUCAACGCGUCCAAGGUUGUUAUCACGAAGUUGAGGCUUGAUAAGGAUAGGAAGUCUCUAUUGGAUCGCAAGGCAAAGGGACGUGCUGUUGGAGACAAAGAGAAGGGCACUAAGUUCACUGCCGAGGACAUCAUGCAGAGUGUGGACUGAUCGGUUUGUUUGAAAUGAAAUAUUUUGUCGGCAAGGUUUUGAAUUAUUUAUCUAUUUCCUUGAUGUAUUUUUGAAUAUGUUUGGAGACUUCAAGGUUAUUUAAUGUGACCUGGAUUUUGUUUCUUCC